CCCAACUGUCGCUGAGUGUCUGAAACGUGUUUUCGCCUAUUCUUGGACUGAAGUCACGACACCAUUGAAUGGCCAUAAGCUACAGACAACCCCACUCGUUCCGAAUUCCUAGUUCCCAAUUCCUUUCUCGUUCAGACCACCAAAUUUCAGCAUGGCUGAUGCAACAGACUGGAUCGGCAUACCAUACGAGCGCACUUUGACCUCGCUUCAAAAAACCCACGAUUCCAUUGGUGUCAUCCUGCAUUCCGGGGCUCUCUUGAUUGCAAUCUUCAAUUUCACCCUAUUCAUCACAUCGUCAGAUUUACGGACAGGGGCGACAAAAUGGCACAACUGGAUUAUCUUUUACAUUGGCAUUGGAGACUUAUUUUUGAAUGUUUUUCAACUUGGCGCCGUAUUGGACAUGCUACGGUCCGGAAAAUGGCGUCUAUCAGACAGCUGGUGUCAAUUUCAGGGAUUCAUGAGUUGCGUGGGGGGCUUCAUCUCAAUCCUCGGCAUUGGUCUUCUUACUCAAGAGCGCAGCCACACCAUUCUGAUGGGCAAAAAGUGGACCGGACUACUUACCGGCUGUGGGAUCACUUUGUGUACCGUUACGUCCAUUAUCCUGGCUAGCAUCUACUUCGCGAGUGGGAAUAAGUAUGCUGUUCAAGAAGCGGGUAUAUAUUGCUGCCCAGAUUGGGGCAGCGUGCUUCGUCCGCAACCUCAUCCAGUCGUGAAUCGGAGGCUCACGGUCAUCCUCGGUAUGGUUGCGGUGCUGUCAAUGUUGAAUGUAGGAGUGACAUAUACAGCGAUCUGGCUCAUAGUACGCAAAGCUGCCCGCAAGUUGGGAGGCAUCCAAACAAACGAUAAAAAGAAACGCGACGGAAAUAGUACUAGCGCCAGUGUCCCGCAGAACCAAAGUGCCAGCGCUCAUCAGAACUCAAAUAUGGUUGCAAACACCAGUAGGGACGACAUAUCAAGACCGAGCGAGUCGCAGAUAGGCGGGCAAAGUCGACUUGCAGAGACCAAGAUUGCGCUAUCAAAGAAUGAUCUUUCAAUUCAGAGAAUUGGGAAAUUAGAAUCUCAGGUGGCAAGAAAGUGCGCCAUCAUGGUCAUCUGCUUCACGAUGAUGUGGUUGCCAAACACAGUCAAGAUGAUAUAUAGCGGCAUUAAUCACGAACCAGUAUCGAAUAAAUUUGACAUGUACGCUUCUAUCCUUGCUGUGUCUCCAGGAAUAUUCAACCCCUUGGUAAAUUUCUUCAUUGAUCCUAGGUGGAAUAAGGCUAGCAAGGAUUUACUUGCAAAAAUCGGGCGUAGAAUACAGGGCGGAUACAGAUCGGUGGCAAAAUCAUGUCGGAGGUCAAUCACCGGGAUUAGAUCAUUACUGGGUAACGUGGCCAAGUCCCCAGAGGAUGGGUGAAGCACAUUUGAUGUAUUUUCCAGCUAGAAUUGCUUAAAACGCACGUCAGCGUUGGGCGUUCUUAUACCUAGUGGCUUCUAUAUAGAUAUUUUGAUAUACAAUCAUCUACCUGUCACAUCCUUCAC